UGCGGCGCACUAAUUUCUCCCUCUUUCCUUCCUUGCGUAUGUUUCUGUGUCUGAAAAAUUCACUCCCAAAUUACGAAACCCAAAAUUCCAAUUUUCAUUUUCUUCGUUCUCCUCUGCUCUCUAAACACUUUCUUCUCCACAGCUUUCCUUAAAUCUUCUAGAAGCUUCAUAUAUACAUACAGAUUACAUAUAUCUCUACAAGUUUUCUGCAGAACAACAAGAAGAAAUUUAAAUCACAGGUUUGUCCUGGAGAAGAACAACAGAGAUGGCUGAUUCAGGAAGUGUAUCUACUCCAGACAGGGUUGAGGGAAAGACUAAGGCAACUAUACUGUGUUGGUUCCUCGGCCUCGGCUCGCUCGUUGCGUGGAAUAGCAUGCUUACCAUCGGAGAUUACUACUAUGCUGUCUUCCCGACUUACCAUGCGUCGAGGGUGCUUACGAUAGUCUACCAACCAUUCGCGGUGGUGACAAUGGCUAUAAUGGCCUACAACGAGGCGAAGAUCGAGACGAGGCGGCGAAACCUCAUUGGCUACAUCCUUUUCUUUUUGACAACUUUCGGUCUCGUAGUCAUUGAUCUCGCCAGCUCUGGCAAAGGAGGAAUUGGAAACUACGCCGCGAUUUGCGUCAUGGUUGCCGGGUUUGGAAUCGCCGACGCCAGCGUUCAAGGCGGGAUGGUCGGGGAUUUGGCGUUUAUGUGCCCCGAGUUCAUCCAGUCGUUUUUUGCCGGGUUGGCUGCGUCGGGAGCCCUCACUUCAGGGCUUAGGUUGAUCACGAAAGCAGCCUUCGAUAAAACCAACGACGGUCUCCGUAAAGGAGCGUUGUUGUUUCUCUCCAUCUCGGCUUUCUUCGAGUUUGUGUGCAUUUUCCUCUAUGCUUACAUGUUUCCGAAGAUACCGAUUGUCAAGUACUUCCGGAAGAAGGCAGCUUCGCAAGGGAGCAAAACCGUGAAAGGUGAUCUCGCAGCUGCCGGAAUCCAAACUCCUAGCGGUGAAUCGGCCGAGGAUGUUAAAGUCGAACGGUUGAGCAACAAGCAGCUGAUCAUGAAGAACCUCGACUACGGACUGGAUCUUUACAUCAUCUAUGUGCUCACACUGUCGAUCUUCCCCGGAUUCUUGUACGAGAACACCGGAGAGCACCAAUUGGGCGAAUGGUAUGCUGUGGUUCUUAUCGCAAUGUACAACGUAUGGGAUCUUAUCGGGAGGUAUGUCCCGUUGAUCAACCCAAUUCGAUUAGAAUCCCGAAAGGGAUUGGUGAUUGCGUGCUUGUCUCGAAUUCUUUUGAUUCCGUGUUUCUACUUCACGGCGAAAUAUGGCGAUCAAGGCUGGAUGAUAUUCCUCGUAUCUUUCCUCGGCUUAACAAAUGGAUACCUCACCGUGUGCGUGCUAACCGUCGCCCCUAGAGGAUAUACGGCGCCGGAGCAGAAUGCGUUGGGGAAUUUGCUGGUGCUGUUUUUGCUUGCCGGGAUAUUUUCGGGAGUUUGUCUCGAUUGGCUAUGGAUAAUUGGCAACGGCUCUUUCUGAAAACCCGAAAUUGGGUAGUUUUUAUUUUUGAUUUUCAUAUAUAUAUUUUUUUGAAGAAGUUAUGGGAUAAUUUGACUUUUGAUUUUUGAUUUUUGAUUUUCGUAUAUACAUAUAUAUAUUUUAAAGAAGUUAUGCUAUAAUUUGUUGUGAAUU